ACAACAGCGUUAGUUGGACCGAAUCCUUCCACCCUUGACCUUUAACGAGCUCAACUGUUCAGGAUAUAUAUAGAGACGUUUGAACUUAUAUGACUUGUUUAAGGAAUUACAUGUAGGCGAUAGAAGUAAACAAAUAUCAACAGUGACGAAAUUAUAACCUAAAUAUGGCUGCAGCAUGUAUUCAAGUGAAGCAAGCAGGCAUAUCAGAGGCAGAGAACGAUAUCAAAAGCAUGAUAUUAACAUUCGAUGCUAUUGAUAAUGUUGGAUUAGUAAUGGUACCAAUGAAGAUGUUCAUCGCUCGACCAACCGCCAUAUGCGACGCAUUUGAAUACCGGUCCAGAGAAAUUGCCCACAAUAAAAAUUUAGUUAAUGUUUUCAUGGAGACUGACACAAUACAGUCAUCAAAACUUGGGAAAAUGGAUAAAUUGACCCAAACAUGGACAGUACAAUGUACAUCAAAGGAAGAUUUGGAAGACAUUAUAGACAGACUUAGCAAACGAACAACGGUUUUAUCUCUAACUUUACAUCGCCAUAUUUUAACAGGAGAGGAUAUAGAUAUUCCCUUCGUAGUUUUCAUCACACCAAGCUCGCGAGGUAUGACGUCAUUGAUAAAGCAGCUACACGAAGUGAUGACGACGUUACCUGACAAUAAAAGAUAUGCAAUUGAGUUAGACUUUGGUCCUGCAGUAGAACAGUGGGCAGUAGGCACUAUGGGACAGGACAUGACGUGUAUUGGUGGAAGAUUUGGUGUGACGAGUGGUGAUUUAUUUAAUCCAGCAUUUAAAUGGAAUGUGACAGCAGGCCUUCUUCCUAUUUUACCGAUCCAUCUAGUAGCUGGUUUAGCAUACAGGGCUUCAAGGAAAGUAAAAUAUUUUGAAAAGACAAUCCAGCCGGAUGAGAUUGUGGCCAUUUCAGGAUCCCGAUCAAGAGAAAUCGACGAGCAGAAAGAAACACUUGCUGAUUUAAUUCGUAUUGCAGUGUCCCUUUCCAUUGAAAAAUGUACACGAUGUGGAUUCCUGCUCAGCAGUGAGGAUACGAGUACACAAACAUGUUCGUGUCCUUAUGACGGUAACGAUGUGAGAAAUGUUCGCAACGCAAAUAUAGCUACGACUUCCUUCACACAAAGCCUGGACAAAGAGGACUCGGAACUCGAUGACGAAACGAAGCUGAAAAUAGCAGAUUUCCACAGAAUGACCCCUGUAGAUCAAAUCGUGCUUGAUGACAGAAAGCAGUCGUUUGGUGGUUUGUCAUGUUUUGAUCUGGAAGUGGUUGACGAAUCAAAACCCCAAGAAGCUCAAUAAUAUUUGCAAUUUUGACCUCCUGGAAAUCAAAAUGACCACGAUGGAGCAAAGCCUCUUCUCUACUACUCUAAGUUCUUGAAAGUGCUAUUACAGGAACUUGUGUAAAUAAUUGUAAGGCCACCCCUUUUUCUCGCAUUGCACCCGGUUCUUGUAAAGCCGCUCUGGCUUCCACGGCUUUCUAAGCUAUGGAUCAAUGACAUUCCCGGGAUAACGCUUCCAUCAUCCAUCUAAAUGACCGGGUAGGCAGGUGAGCGGGAAGACGUUUUAAAACAACAAUAUAAAAUGUCCCCUCAAACCCUAUUGUCCACAUGCACUCCGGGUCAUUGAUUGGCUUGAUAAUAUCCCAAAUUCUCGAAGUUCAUAGGUCCACAUAACUGAUUCAAGCUUAUCAAGCCAGGUUGCCAUUGUGGACGACUAGCUACAUCACGGCCAUUUUACACUAACUUCAUCUCGGCCAUUUCACACUAACCCUGUGGCAAUCAUUGUACAUUAAAACCCCAUCUCGGGAUUUUUACACUAACCCCAUCACCAUCAUUGUAAAUACAUUUCAUAUAUUUGUAAAACAAAUAAUUCAUCCGGUAUUAGAAUGGGAUAUAAAUUUAUUUUUCAAGAUACGGUGUGAACCAGCAGGGAAUAGUUCUAUUUUGGUUGAAAGAUUGUACUGUUUUGAGGUCCAAUUAUAUUUUCUGCUUCGGACUAGAUUUUGCAAGAAGUAAAUAUGAUUUGUGACGUAAACGUUUUACUAUUCCGCAACAACCGGGCUAAUGAAGACGGACAACGACCUUUACUUGCACGGGUUCUUUUACAUACACGCCAACGUGAUCGCGGUUUUUCGUUCCUGCCAGCACCUCCGCCCUGCACCACUGACGGGUCAAUAGCAGCCUGGAAAUCUUACCGAACAUUCUCGGCCAACUCCGGAAUCGAAUCUGUCCGUGAGAUUUUGGUUAGUUAUGACCGAUACUAACCGAAAAUUUGGCAUGUUACGGCCGAUACAAAUCACCAAAUAGGGAUUAAUUCGUAAUAUUCCAGAACAAAUUGAUCAUGUGAUGUAGAAUUAAAUCCUAGCUAACUCCAUUUUGUUUUUAUCCCUUGCAGGUUUAUUAAAAUAGGCCUACAUACAAAAUUUAAGAUUUAUUCAUCUCUACUAAUAGAAUUGUUCAUUAAAUGUGAUUCACACUAUAUUAAGAGAUUAAAGCUGUUUAUAUUUG